CCUUUCUCUUCGUCCCAAUUGGAGCUUAGCUUGCAGAGAUUUCUGGGCACAAACCGUCGCGUCGGGGGAAAUACGAAAAGCAGAAGCAACAGCAGCAGCAGUAGCAGCGACAGCGUCCAGCGGAGACAACAAUAAAAGCCUAUAAUUUUAUGAAUGUACAUUGUACAAAUCGGAUGCUAGCGAACGUGUGUGUGCCUGUGAGUGCGUCGGUCAGUUUGAGUGUGUAUUUGUGUGUUCAUUCAUUGAAAACGCGGCGGCAAGAACAACAAUAAAUAAAAAAUGCAAUCGCCGCAGUCGCAGUCAACGUAAACAGAAGCAGCAGCAGCAGUAGCAGCCGCAGCAGAGGCAGAAAACAGUAGCAGCAUCCAAAAGAGAGAUCAUUUCAUAUGCGAAUCGAAACUCGAAGAGCGCGCAUCAAAGUCAAAUUCAAACGAAGGAAGAACGAAGAAGAAGAAGCUGCAAAAGAAAGAAGAAUUGUUUUGUGUGGACAAUAAAAGGCCGUAGUACCGCAGCGACCAGAACGUAAUUGAAAUCAAAUUACAGGCGGGCAAAAAUAAUAAGAACAAAAAAAGAGAAGCUAACGCAAAAGAAGCGAUAAAAAAGAAAUUAUGCCCCAUUGUGCGAUUGUGUGAAAAGGUCAAGUGCCCAGAAGGCGCAUACGAGAGUUAGGCGAAGCAGGAGGAGCAGGCGGCAGCAGGAGCUUCCAGAGAGUAGAAGUGGCAGCCGUUACAUUUCGGUUAAUAGGCAAGACGCAAGCUCACACGACGAAUGAACUCAUAAAAGGGCCCGGCAGAGCGAGCGAGACAAGAACAUCAAAGCACUAAAAGAAGCAGUGGCAAAAGAAGAAGAAGAGCAGGCCAAGCCCAAAUGACCGCAAGAAUACCGUUAAUUCGAAUAGCUUCUGCGGUAAUCUUGCACCAGUUACGAUCGUUUAUUUAGUCUUCGCGCUCUUCUUCGAGAGCGAGAGCUAGAGCGGAAGAGAGUCGAAGAGAGCGGGGGAAACUUUCUUCUUUCCUCGCGCGCGCACAUACAAUACAUACAGACAAAGCAGUGAACUUCAGCCGCGCCGCCCAAGUUUGCUACUAUUUCAAUUGUUAACGAGCGAAAGCGCCGCCGUCACGCACAACAACAGCAAUAGCAGCAUCUACAGCUAAAUAGCAGGAAAGUGCAGCAGACAGUGAAAAUGUACCAAUCGCAGCAGCAGCCGGAGUCCCCCGCCCAAACCCAUGCGCAGGCGCUAGCCCAGAGAUUUGGCCAGCCUCAAAGCCAGGCCAAGAUCAAGAGUGGCAACCACAGCCACAGACUCCACAGCAAGCGCCAGCUGUUUGGCGCACUGCUGGCCGUCUUUAUGUUGGCGGCGGCGUCAACCACUAAUGGCGCUGUUACAGACUCCCCCAUCAAGAUCAUUCGGCUGCCGGCACAGGCACCCGUGAUCCGGUACCGCAGUGCAGAUGCAGCGCCGGAUUCGCUGUUGAUCAACUACCGCCAAGAUCCACAACCGGAGUUAUCUUCCACAUUGAUGCAGGCUCCCGGGGCGGCGGCUGCUGCACUGGAGUCACUGCUGCGCGAGGAGACGGAACAACAGCAGCAGGCACAGAUGGGCAGACGGAAUAGGGCCAGUGCCGGCAGCACUGGAAACUGUCCGCGAUCGUGUCCACCAAGCUUGACUGUGGGAGCAGAACCUGUGUGCGGCAGCGAUGGCCUGAUCUACGCUAAUCUCUGUGAGCUGCGCAAGAAGACUUGUUCAAGGAGCGGCGUCUCCCUGAUCAAGGAUGUCCGUGAUGGUUGCGAGCGUUCGAAGGGGUCGGACUGCAAGCACCGUUGCAGCACGGAGAAGGAUCCGGUUUGCGGCACUGAUGGACGCACCUAUCUGAAUCGCUGCAUGCUCCGGGUGCAGUCCUGCCGCGUGGGCUUGGCGGCAGUGAAGCUAUCCCACGUGGGUCCUUGCAGCAACACGAGUGCCGUGCGCGAAUCCUGUCCGGUGGAUUGCAACAGUGCCCCGAAGGACGGACCUGUAUGUGCCUCCGAUGGCAAUGUGUACAACUCGACGUGCGAAAUGAAGCUGCAUACGUGCGGUCAGGGUGUGGUGAAGACCAGCCGGAAACACUGCCAGUCGACGAGAAUGUGCCGCGAGUCCUGCUGGCGUGUGGCCAGGCCCACCUGCGGUUCCGAUGGGCGACUCUAUGCCAGUCCCUGCAAGAUGCGUUCCUCCAACUGUGGAAAGCACGUUUUCGAAGUGCCGCUCUCCUUCUGUAUGCCGCAGGAGCGGCAUGGCAGUGCCGCCGAUGCCUGUCCCACCGAAUGUCCCAAGGCGGAGGCAGAUGCUCCGUCGCAGUAUGUGUGCGGCAGUGAUGGCAACAUUUACUCCUCGCUCUGUGAGCUCAAGAUGCUGAACUGUGGCCCUCAGCGGAAGUCCAUACAGAAGGUGAGCAUGGACAAGUGCAAGAAUCGCUUGACUCGCUGCAAGCAAUUGCCGCCCUGCAAGGACUUCAACAGCCUGUUUGGCUCCAUCUUCAGCUCGAAGCGGAACGACAAGCUCUGCGGCACAGAUGCCAAGACCUACAACAAUGAGUGCGAGCUGGCCCAUGCCACCUGUCUACGCGGCGUGAACCUGGCUCAUAUUGGACCCUGCACGGAUCUUAAUUCGCCCGCCAAGGAUUGCGGUGAUGCCUGUACGCGGGCGGACCUGGAGCAGCAGCCGGUGUGCGGAUCGGACGGCAACACCUUCGCCUCCAUGUGCGAGUUCAAGAGGCGCACUUGCAACAUGCGUGUGGUUGCCGUUUCCCUGAAGAACUGCGCCCUGACCGCCGAUUGUGAGUCGGAUUGCGAUGCUCAGCCGCCGAGUUUUGUGUGUGGAUCGGACAAUAACCUAUACAAGUCCGAGUGCCACAUGCGCAAGGAGAACUGCGGCAAGCAUGUGUUUGUUGUGCCUCUGAAGCGAUGCCUGGCCGCCUUCCAGCUGAAGGGAUGCGCUCGCAUCUGUCCGCGGGAGUUCGAGCCUGUGUGUGGCAGCGACAACAAGACGUAUUUGAACGACUGCUUCCUGGAGAUCGAGAACUGCAGGGCGAACCAGACGGUGAACAUCAACUACUACGGCGCCUGUGGCCGCCCCGAGGCACCGUCCACGAACUUCCUCUACUAGGAUGUGUGCAUG